AUGAGCGAGGCGAGUGCGUCGCCCGCCGCGGACGACCAAGCGGGUGUUAGUCAGGGCCACGGCGACGACAACCAGGAUCGCCUACCGAAACAGCAACAGCAGCAGCAGCUUCACCGACGUGAUGCGUCAUUCCUUGUGUACGACAACCAAGCACUGCAGCAGCACAUGCGGAGCCGAACAGGAGGGGCGUUGAACGUGAGCCCACCAAGCCCCGGAGACGUCGGUCUUGAGCCGUCUGUGCGGUCCCGCCGGUCCCUCUGCAGCACCCCAACGUAUCCCGCGACGACGCGCACCUUGGCAAGCCUGCAGGGGUCGCACUGCGGCGUUAGUGGUAGAGGCAGUGGUCACACCCGCGGAACGUUUGGCGCGGCGGACGGCGGCAACAGGAAUCGCAGAGGAGGCUCGCUCGUCUCCGCAGCAUCGGAACUCGCCACGCAUGCGCGGUACGGAAGCAUCAGUCUCGUCUUGCCGACCUCACCGUUCACGGCGAAGAGCACCACGCAGAGGUCGCCGGCCGAAACGACGCGGUAUGGCAACGCAAGUAUUUCCGCCACCGUGGGUUGUAACGAGCACCUCCCAGCCGAAGCGGCGCAGUGCACACCCGUGCACGUCAACGCUAGCCCCACCGCCACCGCCCCCACAUCGUCAAUCACCACCGGGGCCGGGAUUGAUAGAAGCAGGCAGCGCGUCUGUCGAAAACAGCGGAGCAACCCGGUGGGGUUGACGGCAAGUGCGCAGGUCUGGCACUGGGGUGCGGCGCCAGCGGCUGCGGUGGUCUUCCAGCAACACCAGCAGAAGGGUCGCGGCCGUCAGCGCCGCGCCCUCGCCGCGCCGGCCGAGGGUGCGCUCGACCGCCGGCGUGGCGGCAACGCGCCGGCGCCGCACUUCUCCAAUGUCCCGACGACGGCGGCAAUGGGCGCGGCGGUGGCGGCCCGGGCCCAUAAAUCAUCGUCGAACCCGAGCAUGUCCGUGAGCAGUGCAACGACGACGGUGCCGCUGCGGCGCGCUGCGCCGACCUUUUCCAUCUCUGGCCGCGCGGCCGUCUUUCCCUCCCCACACGCGACGCCGAUGUCCAGUGGUGGGGGCAGCUUGCGUGGCGCUGAGUCCUCGGCGGCGGUGGAGUCCUCACCGACGCAGCUCCUGAGUGACAGAGGCACGCUCACCACUAAUACUCCGACGACGGAGCGGAAGCGAGCUCUCUCGCAUACCGAGGCAGCUCCCAUGUCGCUCACGAGCAAGGUGUCUGGCGAGGACGCGCAGGCACCGUCCGAGGCGACCACGGCAGAGCCACCGUUCUUCACUUGCGCGCCUGCACCAUCAGAAUCCGUGUCGACGGGUGCCGCGGCCCCUGCCACCUCUUACAACGCGGCACACCAAGGUGGUGUGCCGCACACUUUCGCCACGCUGGGUCCUACGGGCACGGCCCGCUUCGGGCCAGCGACCGGUGGCACUCCCGCUGAUGGCGCAGAGGCGGGAGUGGACAUCGUGGCGGCCGACGCAGCAGGCCAGCAGCACUUGGUGGCGACAGACCAGCCAAAGCACGGUGACAACAGUCGUGGCGAUCUUCCACGCGUCAUGAGCUUUGCAUUGCGGGAGGAAAGCACCAUAUACACCCUCGUCGACUCGCAUCAGACGUCCGAACACCCAUGCGCGUUCCCGACCUCUGCCACCCACGAGGACAUGGUGGAGGCCGCCGGAUCCGCAGCAGCAGCAGACACGGCCAGGGCCUUCACCAGCACGGGGGUGCACACGACCCUCUAUCGGCAGGGUGUUGACAGUGCACACAUACAGAAAGCACCGCAGUCCCGUGCGGCGGGCGACGCCGCCGCCAGCGGUCUUCCACUCCGCAGCGAUGCAGCGGGUGCCCAUGUGCUUGGUGACCGUCGCGGUCGUGUUGGCCGAGGCGGCGCCACCGGUGGUGCGCCUGCUUCCAGCUCACUGGAGGACGAAGCUCUCUUGCGGCACGGCCUGGAAAGUGGCGGUAGCGCCGGCAUCGGGACGGUGAACCGUGCGGCAGUACUGAGGCACUCGCUCACUGCGCCGUCGUACGUGACCGGCAUGAGUUCGGUGACGGCGUCGGGCGGGCUGCUUGGCAGCGGCACGGCCGCGUCUCUGCUGUGGCCGGAACAGCAGCAGCAGGCGAACAAUCCUGGUAUGCUGAGCGUUAGCGCCGCUCUGGGUCAGCGCACCACCAGCGUCGCCAGCAACUCUUUCUGGAGCUCAAGCGGCGCCAACAUGAACGCCACCAUCACCAACAGCAUCGCAGACGGGGUGUCAUCUAUCAACUUUGGUGGAGGGGGCCUGGGCAACUCCUUUGCCACGGUAGCCGGCGCCUCCGCGCUGCGUGACCCCCUCGCCGCGUCCGUCGUCAUGCAGCAGAACAGGUCCGCGCUCAUCGCUGAGCUCCAGCGGCGGCGGCAUCGGCUGCACAAGCAGCUAGAACUGUUGCAGAAGGAGGCGACGGCGCGCAACAUUUUCGCCCUCGUCCACGCCAGCAACGCCUCGCAACUGCAGUACCUCCUGCAGGAAGGGCUGAGCAAUGUGAACGACCGCGACUACAACGGCUGCACCCCGCUGCACGUGGCGGCCGGAGAGGGCAAUCAAGCCAUUGUGCGCGUGCUCCUCUCCUUCGGUGCCGAUGUCAUGGCUGUCGACAACAAUGGCCGCACACCACUCGACUGUGCCGCGGCGAACCGGCACAGCGGCGUCGCCCGCUAUCUGCUCACUGUAAUCCGCAGCAAGCACCUCAUCCAGGACGGCGGUGAUAGUGCUGUCACCAGCAGCGGAGGUGGUGAUGGCUCACCUGCGACCAUACCCAGCGCAAAAUGGGCCACAGAUGACGGCUCUGCUGACAUAAGCACGUACCCAAGCAUGUCCACCUCACCCGUCGCCCACUCCUCGGCGAAACGGCGCAACUUGGACGGUACCGGAGGCGUCCUACCUUUCGGCAACGCGCCCCCAGGCGCCUUCACGCUGUGCGUCGGCACCUCUACCCAGAUGGACACCUCCGCGCCGUACCAAUCCGCAUCGUCGGGGUCGUCGCUCAUGCACUCGCCGGGGCUGCCGCCACCUCACGCCCGGCAACCGCAGCAGCGGCGCCACCCAGUCUCGUCGUCCUCGGUGGCCUCCACACCGUCGCCGCCCAGGCCCUCAAACCUGAACCGGUAUCCUGCCAAGGCCACCGCCUCCGUCACCACUGUGGACACCGAGAGCUGGAGCGACAGCGAUGUGCCGCCGCACGCGGUGGGGUGGGGCAUCCACUCCGCCCCUUCAGAAGCGGCCGCAGCCCGCUCGGCGCCGAACCAAGCAUCCGCGGCUGCCGACACGGCGGCCGCCAGCGACGCGCCUCCCGCUGCGACACCAAAGCCGCCGGCUAUUCUGGCCAUGUAUGACAUCAACGGCCCUGCUUCGCGAUCUCUGCCGCAGCGCCUCGCAUCACAGCACGGAGCAACGGCGCUGGCGAAGUCAGUGGGUCCCAGCAGCACCCUGACGAGACAUGAGAGCGUGUCUUCCCUGUCGACUCCGCGGUGGCCGUACAACAGCAUCCCUCACGGCAGCUCCCCGCAGAGGCCUGUGUUCCUGUCGUCGCUAGACUCGACAGCGGCCGCGCACUCUCGCGGCCUCAUCGCGGCGGAGUCGAACGUCGGCGCCGCCACAACGACGCCCUCCUCGCCGCCCUUCAGCAGCCGCAGUCACGAGAGCAUGGCGCCGCCGCCCAUCACGCUCAGCAUAAACGCCCCCGCCACCAGCUUUGGUAGCGGCACCGCCAGUUUUGGCGGGCAUCUCCUCGAGCGGCACGUCAUGUCGGCGCCGACGUACCCGGCGGAUGGGAUGGAAGAGUGCGGCAGCGACGACACGGGCCACGCGGCGAUGCGCCAACCGUCAUCACGCACGCACUCCAGCGCGUCCCUCAUCACGACUGUCACCGCCACCACCGCGGGUGCGGUGGCUGGCUGGCACGACAGUGACGAGCCGCUCGCGGACACCAAUCCCGAGGGCAUCUUCGAUGCCAUCCUUGGCCGGCGCAGCUACUACACCAUGCAUCGCCGUCGCAUGCAGAGCGAGAGCAGCAGCAGCCCCCACGGCGCCUUCGCGUCCGCGUCGUCGGACUGGUUGCGGAGUGGCAGUCCACCCACGCUCUCCGCGGGGGAAGACAAGCAGCAGCGCAGCCGCAACGACUACAACAGCGAGACAGGAAGCUUUCCUGGCGAGGUGCCCAGCACACACUGUUCUCCGCCAGCGGCAACCACGGCAGCUGCCGCCCCAGCAACUUCGGCAGCAGCGUCCGGCGGUGGUGCGCAGCAGCGGCAGAUGCUCCUGCGUCCGCCGCGGCGUCCAGGCAGCCGCUCCCCGGCGACCGAGCGGGGAGGCGCCACAACGACUGUGGAUGCGGCCGCCUGCCCCAUGCGCAUCCUACGUCCUUUGCAACUUCUUAGCGUUGACUCGCACGAGGAGUUGAGCGGCUAUCAGGGCCGCGCCGCCACAUCGAUGGUCUCCUCGACGACUGCGGCGACGGCCCCCUCUGGUGGCGGCUCGCCGCGUGGCACGGGCGCGGCCAGCAGCAGCCUUUGCGACAUGGGCCAGCAGUCGCUCGAAGAGCACCACCACCACUACCGCCUGACCGCGUUCGGCUUGCUGGACAACCAGCAGCAGCGGAGAGGCAAGUACUCCUGUGACAGGCACUCGACGCCGCCGCCGCCGCCGCUGCUUCAAGCGCCGUGUGCCGCGUCCGAGCCGGCCAAGAUAGAGGCCGCUGUGAAUCAGCCUGCCUCACCAAGUAGCAGCAACACCAUCACGAAGAACGGGAACAGCGAUGUAACGCCAUUCUUCUCCAUCCCUGCCGCAGCGACGGACCCCGCCGUAGCGGCGCCGUCUUCGUCGAGCAACACCACUGCCGAUCUUGUCGAGACCACGAGCGCCAUGUUAGCCACAACAGCGGCGGCACCGGCUGCGGCGCCGACGGCCGAUAGCCACACAGCCGAGGAGCAACCCUUCCUGCAGGAGAUGCAGCACGAGUCGGUGGAUCUGGCCACGCUGCACCACUCGAGCUACACCACGAUCAGCGACACGGUCUCGGUCAUUGUGUGCAUGGUGGGGCUGCCAGGGCGUGGCAAGAGUUUCAUCAGCAAGCGGCUCGUGCGCUACAUGAACUGGAAAGGUGUGCCGUGCAAGGUGUUCAACGCCGGCAACUACCGGCGACAGCUGCUCGGGGUCGAGGCCACCGCUGGCGCGGACUUCUUCAACCCAGACAACCCGCAAGGCGCGCAGCUGCGGGAGCGCAUGGCGGAGCUGGCCUGCGAGGAUCUUGUCAACUUCAUCGCCUCCCACUCGCUCGCCGUCGGUAUCCUCGACGCAACGAACACCACGCGCAAGCGAAGGACAUGGCUCUCAGACUACUUCCAGCACGAGGCACAGCGGCACGCGGUGCCGUACCGGCUUCUCUUCAUCGAAUCCGUGUGUACCGACGACGCCAUCGUCACGGAGAACAUCUUGCGCAGCAAGUGUGGCAACGACGACUUCCGGAACCUCAAGGACGUCAGCGCCGUCAUGUCCGAGUUCCGCAACCGCAUCUCGCAGUACGAGAAGGUUUAUGAAACACUGGAUCCGGAGGAGCGGAUGCCCUACAUCAAAAUCGUCAACGUGAAGCACCACGUCAUCCUGCACCGCGUGCCGAACGGACUGGGGAGUCGCAUUGCCUUCUUCCUCCUCAACCUUCACCCCAUCGCCUUCCCCAUUUACGUGGCACUGCCCGGCGAGACCGUCGGUGACAGCAAGCACGUCUACGGCGGCGACGAGCGGCUGACAGCCCAAGGCGAGGCCUACGCGCUGGCGCUGAAGCACUUCACCCAAGAUCGCUACGUUCCGCACAUGGUGGUGCUGCACGCCACCAACUACUGCGUGCUGAGCACGCUGGCACCGCUGAUGGAGAGCGCCACGCAGGAGGAAGACGCCUCUGUGCUGCAGGUGUCCAGCAGCGCGUCGGCGGGGCAGCAAUGGGCAGCAAAGGCGGCGGCGAAAUCGACCGUCGCGUCAGCCGAUGCGGUCGCGACUAGCGGCAGUGGACCGUCAACGCCGAACGCAUCGAGCGAGGCGGCGCAGCUGCCAGCCUUGGUGCACAAGCUGCAGCCGUACCCUCCGUCGACGCCCACCGAAGAGCUGCGCGCUAUGGCAGGCGGCGACCUCAGCGUGGUACCACCCCCACACAGCGCGGCGCAUGGCCGGCCUGGCGACGGGCUGAGUGCGAAGCCGCUGAGCCUGUCUGCAAUCCCUGGCACUGCAGAAACAGUGGCGAAGGACGAGAGCCGCAUCGAGGAGCCGCAGGAUUCGCAGCAGCACGACGGUGGCGUCGCGGCGGAGCAGCCCACGCACGAGGACGACAGUGAGCAGGCAGAUGCAGAGGAGGAGGACGUGGGCGAUGAGGUCCUCUGCGCGGUGCCGGGGCUCGAUAACAUUAACUUUGGGCGCUUCAGCGGGCACACGGCCGCAUGGGUAAAAGAAAAGUACCCUCGCCUGUCUGCGCUCCUGUACGACGUGGACGACGAAGACGUGGUCGGCGACGCGAAGGCCGGAGAAGCAGCAGCGCAGCAGCACCAGACACGCAAGGGCAGCGGCGAGGCGGAUGCGACUGCAUCGUCGGCGCCCGCCGGGAGUGCCACGGCCACCAGCAGCGCCGGGCAACACCACGUCGACCCGAGAUGUGGGACCUACACAACUGCGGAGUGGCUCUCGGCCCCCCUGCCGCCCCGGGUGCACUAUGCCACGCAUGAGGAGGCUGUCUCGCACCUGCAGCGCGCCCUGAGCGGUGCUGACCCGCGCCUGUCCUACUGCACCCAGCUACCGAAUGGUGAGAGCUACCGGCAGGUCAACGUCCGCCUGGAGCCGGCGCUGAUGGCCGUCAUGCGCACACAGUCCCCCGUGUUCGUCGUCGCACCGGCCGUGCCAGCGCAGGGCAUCCUGUCCUUCUUCAUGGACGUCAUCCCUGAGCUGUCGCCGACCAUCCGUAUCCCAAAAGGGUGCGUGAUCGAGAUCGGCGUCAAGGACGGCAUCACCGUGCACCCGCUGCUGCCAAACGCGCUGCCGGAGAGAAUGACACGCUCCCCGCUGACGGUGCUGCCGGAGAUCCAGGACGCCAUUCGCGAGGUGGCCGCUGCCAGUUCCAUGGAGAUGUGCGCAGCGAGAACGUGUGCGGAGGUGAGCGCCUCGACACAGGCUGGCGGUUGCACUCCUGCGGAUGCUGCUGCUGCUGCUGCGCUCCUCAGUGCGGUCGCUGCCGGUGGCGAAGCAGGGGGGAGCGUGAAGGGUACUACAUGCCCGGUGAGCGCGAGUGUCUCUUGA